GUGGCGGCGCCGGCCCCGGGAGUAGGAAGGAGCCGGGGCUGCAGCCGGAGUGGAGCGGCUGCCAGCCGAGGAGCAGGCGCGGCCGCGGCGCCAUAUUGCGGCCCCAAGCGGCCGCGACCGAGUCAUGGCCGAGACCUACGACUUCCUCUUCAAAUUCCUGGUGAUUGGCAGCGCAGGAACUGGAAAAUCAUGUCUCCUUCAUCAGUUCAUUGAGAAUAAGUUCAAACAGGACUCCAACCACACAAUUGGCGUGGAGUUUGGAUCUCGCGUGGUCAACGUGGGUGGAAAGACUGUGAAGCUACAGAUUUGGGACACAGCCGGCCAGGAGCGGUUUCGGUCGGUGACACGGAGUUAUUACCGAGGCGCGGCUGGAGCUCUGCUGGUGUAUGACAUCACCAGCCGGGAGACCUACAACUCACUGGCUGCCUGGCUGACGGAUGCCCGCACGCUGGCCAGCCCCAACAUCGUGGUCAUCCUCUGUGGCAACAAAAAGGACCUGGACCCGGAGCGUGAGGUCACUUUCCUGGAGGCCUCCCGCUUUGCCCAGGAGAACGAGCUAAUGUUCCUGGAGACUAGUGCCCUCACGGGUGAGAACGUGGAGGAGGCUUUCCUGAAGUGUGCCCGCACCAUCCUGAACAAGAUCGACUCAGGUGAGCUCGACCCCGAGAGGAUGGGCUCAGGCAUUCAGUAUGGGGACGCAUCCCUCCGCCAGCUGCGGCAGCCUCGGAGUGCCCAGGCCGUGGCCCCUCAGCCCUGUGGCUGCUGAGACGUCCGGAGCCAGCUCACCUGUUCUCCAGGACCAGCCCUGCCCUCUGGCUGGGGCCUAGCCCCAGGCCCUGGGAGGCAGAGCCCCUCACCUGUCCUGGCCCCAGAGAAGCUGCCCCGCCACCUAUCCCCCUUCCCUGGCCUGGUGGGGCCUGGCUGAGGGGCAAGACUGAGCCACGGGGGAAGGGGGAAUCCGUACCUGCUGCUGCUUCCUCUGUCUUGGCUAACCCCUGUCCCCCCUGAAACCCUAACCAUACUCUAAGAGUUCCCAAAGCCUGAGACCAGGGCAAUUGGCCCCAGCUCCCCGCCUGGCCCUGCCAUUGCGAGUAUGUGUUAUUUAUUGCCUGGAGGCCUGUUCAGUCCCUACUCCACCUCCAUAAAGCAUUGUUUACACCUGC